UGUGACUCCACGGGGGAGUCAGUGGUGAUGAGGAGGAUGAAAAAUCUCUAAACUUGGAAUAAGUUUAAGACUUUCUGAAAGCAGAAGAAAAAAACCAAACAAACAAACCAAAACACCAGCCUGAACGAGAUUGGAGGACAAAAUUUAGCCCUCCCGCUUUAUGUUUUGGAAAGCCAGAAUAAGGAGAAGGGGAGAAAAAGUUAUCGGAUUUUUUGGUCCCCCCCCCCGGGGAGGGAAUUUUGUUGCAGUUGCUUAUGGUGGAACAUGCAGAGAAUCAGAGCCAGGUGCAUAAUUUUGUAAUCUGUGGAAUAUCCCUGGAGCAGAACUGAGUACCAGUUAAAAAGUACUUUUUGGGGGACACACAUGUGAGCUAAUAAGCACUCGCAGAAGAUUUUUUUCCUCUCUUUUUUUUUUUUAAAAAGUGUUUCCUUGGAAUAUUGUGAGCAUUUUUGUGACCAUUUAAGGUUUGUGUGAUUUUGCUAAAAUGCAUCACCAACAGCGAAUGGCUGCCUUAGGGACGGACAAAGAGCUGAGUGAUUUACUGGAUUUCAGUGCGAUGUUUUCACCUCCUGUGAGCAGUGGGAAAAAUGGACCAACUUCUUUGGCAAGUGGACAUUUUACUGGCUCAAAUGUAGAAGACAGAACUAGCUCAGGGUCCUGGGGAAAUGGAGGACACCCCAGUCCAUCCAGGAACUAUGGAGAUGGGACUCAUUAUGAUCACAUGACAAACAGGGACCUUGGGUCACAUGACAAUCUCUCUCCUCCGUUUGUCAAUUCCAGAAUACAAAGUAAAACAGAAAGGGGUUCAUAUUCAUCUUAUGGGAGAGACUCCAAUUUACAGGGUUGCCACCAGCAAAGUCUCCUUGGAGGUGACAUGGAUAUGGGCAAUCCAGGAGCGCUCUCACCAACCAAACCUGGUUCCCAGUACUAUCAGUAUUCUAGCAAUAACCCCCGAAGGAGGCCUCUUCACAGUAGCUCUAUGGAGGUACAGACAAAGAAAGUUCGAAAAGUUCCUCCGGGUUUACCAUCUUCAGUUUAUGCUCCGUCAGCAAGCACUGCCGACUACAAUAGGGAUUCACCGGGUUAUCCAUCCUCAAAACCAGCAGCCAGCACUUUUCCUAGCUCCUUCUUCAUGCAAGAUGGCCAUCACAGCAGUGACCCUUGGAGCUCCUCCAGUGGAAUGAAUCAGCCUGGGUACGGAGGAAUGCUGAGCAAUUCUUCCCAUAUUCCACAGUCUAGCAGCUACUGCAGCCUGCAUCCGCAUGACCGUUUGAGCUACCCUUCACACUCCUCAGCAGACAUCAAUUCCAGCCUUCCUCCAAUGUCCACUUUUCAUCGUAGUGGUUCAAACCAUUACAGUGCUUCUUCCUGUACACCGCCCGCUAAUGGAACAGACAGCAUAAUGGCAAACAGAGGAAGUGGGGCAGCAGGCAGCUCACAGACUGGAGAUGCUCUGGGGAAGGCACUUGCGUCUAUCUAUUCUCCAGAUCAUACCAAUAACAGCUUUUCAUCAAAUCCUUCAACUCCUGUUGGCUCUCCACCAUCUCUCUCAGCAGGCACAGCUGUUUGGUCUAGAAAUGGAGGGCAGGCGUCAUCAUCUCCCAAUUAUGAAGGACCCUUACACUCUUUGCAAAGUCGGAUUGAAGAUCGCUUGGAAAGACUGGACGAUGCUAUUCAUGUUCUCCGGAACCAUGCGGUGGGACCUUCAACAGCCAUGCCCGGUAGUCAUAGCGACAUGCAUGGAUUAAUAGGGCCUUCUCAUAAUGGAGCAAUGGGAGGUCUUGGAUCAGGAUAUGGGACAGGUCUUCUUUCAGCCAAUAGACAUUCAUUAAUGGUUGGUGCCCAUCGUGAAGAUGGUGUGGCCCUGCGAGGCAGCCACUCUCUUGUGCCAAACCAAGUUCCGGUCCCACAGCUCCCAGUUCAGUCCGCAACAUCUCCUGACCUGAAUCCACCCCAAGAUCCAUACCGGGGCAUGCCAACUGGACUUCAGGGGCAGAGCGUGUCCUCAGGAAGUUCCGAGAUCAAAUCCGAUGAUGAAGGCGAUGAAAACCUCCAAGACACAAAAUCUUCCGAGGACAAGAAAUUAGAUGACGACAAGAAGGAUAUCAAAUCAAUUACUAGGUCAAGAUCUAGCAAUAACGAUGAUGAAGACCUUACACCAGAGCAGAAGGCAGAGAGAGAGAAAGAACGGAGAAUGGCCAACAACGCCCGUGAGCGCCUACGCGUGCGUGACAUUAAUGAGGCUUUCAAGGAGUUGGGCCGGAUGGUGCAACUCCAUCUGAAGAGCGACAAGCCGCAGACCAAACUUUUGAUCCUCCACCAGGCUGUGGCUGUCAUCCUCAGCUUAGAACAGCAAGUCCGAGAAAGGAAUCUGAACCCUAAAGCAGCAUGUCUGAAAAGAAGGGAAGAAGAAAAAGUAUCUUCAGAGCCCCCUCCACUCUCCUUGGCAGGACCUCAUCCUGGAAUGGGAGAUGCGUCUAAUCAUAUGGGACAGAUGUAAAAUGGUCCAAGUUGCUACAUUUCUUCGUUUAAACAAGAGACCACUUCCUUAACAGCUGUAUUAUCUUAAACCUACAUAAACACUUCUCCUUAAUCCCCCUUUUUUGUAAUAUAAGACAAGUCUGAGUAGUUACGAAUCACAGACGCAAGAGAUUAUCAGCAUUCCCGAUUAUUGAAACAAAAAAAAAAGUGCAACUUGAGGGGACAACUCUCUUUAACAUAUCAUUCAGAAUGUUUAAGCAGGAUGUUGCAAGCUGCAUCGCGCAGCCUAGAGACUGAAUGGCAAUCUUCUCCACACUGUGGAACAAUGCAUUUGUGCCUAAACUUCUUUUGGAAAAAAAAAAUAAAUAAUUAAUUUGUAAGUCUGAAAAAAAUAUUUAAUUUAAAAAUUGUAAACUUGCAAUAAUGAAAAAGUGUACUUCUGAAGAAAACUACAUGAACGUUUUUGUUGGUGUUCUAGUCAGCUAGUGUUUAUACUUACUGGAUAUUAAAAGGGUAGCUUUGCUUCCCUGCUACUUACAAAACCAGCAAACGUCCUAAUGAAAAUGAAGUGAUGACAUUAGCCAUUCCUUAGGGUAGGAGGAACAGAUGGAUCUUAUAGACCUAUGACAAAUAUAUAUAUAUAAAUAUAUAUAUAAAUAUAUAUUAAAAAUUUAGUGACUAUGGUAAGCUUUUGUUCAUUUGUUUCAGACUUUUUUCUCCUGUAAAAAAAUAGUACCGAUUAACUUUUUUAAAAAAGAUUUUACUGUAAAUACCGAUUUUUUUGUCUUAUUUCUGCCUUUCUCCCCUGUUUUGUUAUUGUGACCUGUAGUGCCAACUCCUUCUCUGGAGGGGUAUUACAGGAUGAAAUGCUGGCCCUGAUGUUGCUUCUCAUUCAUAACUAAGUAGACAAUUGUUUCUCCAGUCUUUUGGGAACACAGAACUUGAAAGUUACAUCACGUGUAGAUAUUACAAGCAGCAUUACCAAGACGUGGCAGAAUAUGAGCUGGUCGGAAUCGUAAUGCUGCUCUCGUGGCCCUAGUCUGGGAUUUUCAGAGGUACACGGUUAGAAUGCUACAAUGUUACCACUGUGCCUUCCAAUGUUUAUAUCAUCAGAAACAUAACAUAAUCAAAGUGGCUGUGAUUUAACAAAACAAUUAAAGUGUUACCUACAUGUGUAGCCUAAGUAGUGUGCAGUGAGGCGUUUCUGAAUACAUGGUCAGAUUUUUGAGGGGGGGAACAAUCAAAAGCAAAUUGCAAGUAGUGUGACAGAUCUGAUUGAUUUUCCUAUUUUUUUUUUCUUUUGCUAAGUGGAUUUACUGCACUGUAGACCACUUAACCGCCUCCUCCUUAUUUUGAAAAAAUGCCAAUUUCCAAUCAUCAUGCAGCAUUAUAACAAGCCUUAUGAGUCCUAUAGCAUUAAGUUGCACUUUCUUGAGGAGGGGGAGUACAGUAUUUCUCUGGCCAGUAUGAGUGAAGUUUAUACUUAACAUAUUUGAUAGUCACAUAGAUCAAGCUAUGGCACAGCAACUCAUCAGAUAACUAGCUUUGAAGUCUGGGCACGGUUGAACCAACUUCCCUAGUGAAUCUUAUAAUGAUCGACUUUGGUGUACAGUACAGUUAACAGAUAGUGCUCCUAGUUAAGUAUUUGUCAGCAUCCUUUUGUCUCUAAUUCUAGUUUAUAUUUUUACAGCCACACAAACUUGGCAUGUAUUUAAAAAAGAUUCCCUGUUCAAGUAGAUUUUCCACCUAUCAGCACUGAGUAAAAUGCCAUAAAUCCAUAAAAAUGGUCUAAAUGUUCCAUCUGUUCUCCUGUUUUGCCAGUUCUAUAGUAAUGAAAAAUACAUUUGUAAAUUUUAUGCAACAAAUGGCAAACGUAUCAUUAUUUUGAGAUUGUGUAUGUAAAAGUUAUAUUUUUACAUGUAGGCUCUUGUUAUGUGUUUUAAUACAUUGUAUCUGUUUUUUGUUUAAAAAAAUCUGUGUGGUUGAAAGUCUCAUUGAAAUGAGAUAGUGAGAUACAAAAUUCUGAAUUUUGUUUGUUUCUGAAGACAUGAACGACAAAUAAGAUAGUUAUCAUGUGAUCACCUUUUACAUACCCAUUAACAUUUUGAUUAGCUAUGUAUGUUGACAACUGUAAAUAUGUUCAGUAGCAGUAAAGUUAAACUAAAAUGCUUUGAUUUGUUAAGUUUCUAAAAUGUGGAGGUGGAUUAAAAACCUUAGAAAUACAGCAGAGAUCCAUUUUGGUCAACUAGAAAAAAAAAAAGUAUAUUAAGAGGGACAGGUUUACAUGAGUGAAGGUAUGAAAAGCAAAAUCACCCAAAGCCUAAAAUGAUUAAACUUUUGAUUGUUUCUUCAAUAAGUGUAAAGGUUUCCAUUUCAGUGGUACAUUAUGCAUUCAGACUGUAUGCUCUACCAAGAAGAUUGGAAGGAGCCAUUUUAUAUAGAAAACAGGUUACCCAUUUUGAUCACAUUCAGGAUAUGUGGGCACAAUAAUAUGUGUUCAUUUGGGGAGGAACUGGAAAUAGUCCUUUGAUUUGUAACAAUUCCUAAAACUGCACUCAUCAUAAAUGUUCUCAUAAAGGUGCUUCAGAAAAUGAGAUUAAAACUGAAAAUCUGCAAACGAAAGGAAACUGAAGGUAGCUGAUGUUUUAAAUUGGUGCUUUCUAUUUUGUUCUCACUCAGAAUGAGAAAACGUUUAGACAUUUGUCCUCACAUUUGUUAUUGGAUUUCUUACUCUCUGGUGCAAGUCUCUUUACAGUAGGAUUCCCUUUCAGUAAAAAUGCAACCUUUUUCAUCUCUACCCAAUUUCCUAAUAGUUUAAGCCGGGGGGAGGGGGGCGGGGGGGCAUAGCUGACUCCAAGACUUGCUCUGGAAGUACCAUUUUUUAAGAAAUUUUAUAUUUUUUUUAAUGGAAAAAGGGAGGGGAGAGAAAUGAUUUGUUGGGUUUGUCUUUGCUUUUAAGAUGCCAAACAGAGGUAAGAUAUUGGUGUUCUGCACUGGACUUGUGUCAAACAUUUAGCACCACAAAUUUGGGUAAAAAGUACAAAAAUCUCACAAGGUCAAUAUUUCAUUUGUGUUGCUUCAUAGGCUAGGAACUGUUUUCAAAAACUAUGUAUUUCAGAAACCAGUUUUGAAUACUUGAUCCACCUCCACAUUCAAGCAAUUUAUGAAUAUGCAGAAUAGGGAUCUGUUCACCUAGAAAAUUUUUACCAUUUGUCUUCUGUGUAGCUGCAAGGAACACUAAUGUUUAUACAACUGUCAGUCCUACCAGUGAUGCAACUUGUUCUGAUUCAGUCUUCCGAUUUCUUUCUUUUGUUUUCCUCUUUCCCUUUUUAACGUUGUUGAGGAGUUGUGGGGGGAGGAAAAAGCUGAGGAGAAGAGAAUUUUCAUCUUUGUAUCCAACGGGCCUAUUGUAGUCUGCAAAAGUGAACAUUAGUCAGGAGGGAAACAAUUUCAACAUAAACAAGCACAAAAACAAACUUGGUCUGCUGGCUGCCUGGGAAAGAAGGUCAAGAUGAAAUAUGAAUUCCAAGGCCUUUGGGCCUCUCGUUUUGUUUUUUUGUUUUGUUUGUUUUUCUUUCAAGACACAUUAUUUCUCAUGGGACUUGAAGUUGAUUCAUCUUGUGCAGUGCUGGUUUGACCAUACUCAUUUCAAGUAUUAUAGACAUAUGUAAUGGUGAAAAUAUAUGAACUGUGGCCUUUUUCAUUCUUGUUACUUGUGAUGCAAUUAAGUGAAGAUAAGAAAAAAAAAAGCAGAGAUUUACCAUGUAUCAGUGCCUGGCUUUUUGUUAUAAAGCUUUGUUUGUCUAGUGCUCUUUUUGCUAUAAAAUAGACUGUAGUACACCCUAGUAGGAAAAAAAAACUAAAUUUAAAAAUAAAAAUAUAUUUGGCUUAUUUUUCGCAGGAGCAAUCCUUUUAUACCAUGAAUAUUACAAAAAAAAAAUUGUCAGAUUCUGAAUAUUUCUUCUUUGUAGAUUUUUGGAAUCAUUCUGAGUAAAAGUUUGUUACUUUAUUUUACUAUUUAAAAGAUGUUAUUUUACCAUGUGUUACUGAGAUGAAACUGUAUGGUAGCUUUUUCUUUUUAGUUGUAGGUCGCAGUGGGGAAAUGUUUUGCGACUGUACACAUAGCUGCAGCAGUAAAAACAUAAAAAAAAGUUUAAAAAAAGGAAAAAAGGAAAAAGCAAAAAAAAAAUAUAAACAGUUACACCUUGUUUUCAAUGUGUGGCUGAGUGCCUCGAUUUUUUCAUGUUUUUGGUGUAUUUCUGAUUUGUAGAAGUGUCUAAACAGGUUGUGUGCUGGAGUUCCUUCAAGAAAAAAAAACACAGCUUGAUGUAGGCCAUUACUUGUUUCUCAUCUGUAGUUAUUCGAUGCAGUCAUGUACAUGACCGUUCUGUAGCAAUAAAUGUGCCAUUUUUAUAAACUG